GCGGAAGAUUGCGUAAGACGUGGAGUGUCGCUAGUUAUAUAAACGCCCUACAUCGUUUCGGAUUCACUCAAUCGCAUUUGCAAUGUCUGAAGCUGGAAAGAAAGCUUUGAUUCUAGGAGCUACUGGCGCUGUGGGAAAAACUCUACUCCGUGAAGUGUUAUUAGCGGACACCUACAAGAGCGUCACCACCAUUGGAAGACGCGAAGUCAAGCUGGACGAUUCGAUACCGCAAAGUAAGCUGGUUCAGAAAACUGUCGACUUUGACAACUUGGAAGCCAGUCGCAAAGAAAUGAAAGGAUACGAGGACGUGUUCUGCUGCCUUGGCACCACAAGGGCUGAUGCUGGUAGUGCUGAAGCCUUCAAAAAGAUUGAUCACGACUACGUUGUUAAUUCUGCCAAGAUCAUUGCCGAAGAAAAUCCUGGAACAGACGGUGGUCUCAGCCCAGUUCACUUUUUGUACUGUUCAUCUGGUGCUGCGAAUAAGAACUCGCCUUUCCUUUACCUUCAAUCAAAGGGCCAGACAGAAGAAGAUCUUAUAAAUGUAGGAUUCAAGCGAGUAUCUAUCUUUCGACCUGGUUACCUGCAGAUUGAGGAAAAGCGUCCUCAAGCACGCAUUGCUGACAGCAUUCUCAGUAAAUUUAUGGGCUUUACUAGAGCCGUCGGCUGGCGUUUGGAUGUACCCGUAGCUGUUGUUGGUAGAGCUAUGUUACAUGCCGCUACUCAUCCUGUCGACGCUACGGGCAAGUUAGGCAAAACUUCCUCACAAUUUAUUGAGAAUCCGGAGAUUGAAGUAACUGGUGCUUAAUUCGUUGUUCUACCAUCUACUUGCCAAUCCAAAUUUUUAUAUAUAUGAAUAUAAUGUAAAUCUUUAGGUAACACGUUGUUAUAAAAUUUGAAUGACUUUUUGCGAACG